AUGGAUGCAUUCGUAACGAGGCUCUCGAAACCAAAGAGCGAACUGGGCAAUAAUACUCGAGCCAGCCCACCUGUUGGGCCAGACACAGAGAGACCGUCAAAGCGAGUCAAACGAAAGGAAGCCAGAGAGCUUGAAUCCGAUCAAACAGACUCUUCUUCCCCAGAAAAAGACUAUGAACCAAAGGUUGCAGACGAAGGCUGCUCCGAUGAUCAGGAACAAUAUGGCAGACAUCAGAUGACGGAGUUUGAGAGUGCGCUGCCGCCCACUCAAAUUGACAAGGAAGCUAUCGAAGAGUACGAGGCGAUGAAGUCAUCGCAAAUGAGUGCUGCAGACAACGAUGGGACAUCUGAGAAAACCCAACCGCUCUGGGUCAAGGGCAAAAGCUCCAUAUAUGUGGACGCUUUCAAUCUUGCUUUGGAUACUGUGUUAGACGAAGAGUCGCAUUUGUUUGAUGAAAAAGAAAUGGAUGUCUUCCGUCAAUGGAAAGAACUAGACUAUGAGGCACAGUAUUUAUAUGUUCGAUUAUUUCUGAGAAAGACAGCGUCGUGGCACCGACGCAGUCGUCUCGGCUACCACAACGACAUUUCGAACAUCGAUGCCGCAGUUGAAACACUUCAAAAAUGCCAGACACUCCCUUGCUGCUCUACUGUGCCCGCCUCAAGUCCACUGGAGGGCAUUGACCUAGAGCAAUUCAACCUGGGAGAGAGCUUCACAUUUGCCGAUGCAUCAGAAGAUCACAUCAAUUCCCUUGAAGAAGCAGCCUCGCUUCUGAGUCUGGAUGAACUGAAGGCUUUGGGGAAAGAAGCUAAAUUUCAGGGCCGGAACAAGCCAGAGCUCAUCAAAUCACUUACUCGGAUGAGUCGCCAACAGACAGGAUUGAUGGCCCUCGGGCUCAGUCGACACAACAGCCGUGACUCACCCGCCCCGGAAGAUCGGGAAGACUUGAAGCCGAGAGUCAGCGGAACCCCCCAAGGAGAUGAUUGGGACCGGAAGCAACAUUUCUUAAACAAGACGCUUACGAUUCUUGGCCCAUGCAUCCGGUUGUCCCCUGGAGCAUUCACACUCUUCGAGCGUGUUCAUUUGGUCUUUUACCGGUCGACAGAAUGGACAGAGAAGUCCCUCACUACCAUCAUCCUUGCUAAAAUGGCCCGCCGACACUUCCCCGAGUACAUUGUUUGCCGGACCUCGACAAUAUUUGCAUCCCGGAUGCACUUGCUGGAAUAUGAAACCGCAAUACGGCUUGAAGCGGAAGUUGACCGCAUUAUGGAGUUCAAUGGGCCGCCUGGCGAAGAGGGUUUCAGGAAGAUUAUCAGCACUUUUGAAAAGUUGUAUCCUCGAUGGAAAGCUUUGGUCGAGGAAGAGAGUCGCAAAGAACAAGUCGUGUAUGAGAUGGGUGAAGGUGCCUAUCUGAGGAGGUUUACUCCUGGCCAUUCAUACACGAGGAUUGUGCACAAGACCGCCCAUGUAUUUGGAAGGCUCAAGGAACACCUCAAAGAACAGGAGUUGCUCACUGAGCUUCUUGACCAACGCCUGUUCCAGAUGGCUAGACGAGGCGGCUGGUAUCAGCGAAAGGCUCUUUUAGAAGAGCAUUAUAUGCCCACACUAGACCCGAAACCUAUCUCGACGGACCUGGAACAACAAAAGAAACAUUGGAAAAGAAUUGCGGUGGCCACCUGUGAGGCCGGCCUCCAGGACCCCAACUGCCACCUCAUCUUCCAUUAUGAUCUUCAAAAACGCCUUGUGAAGUUGGAGAAGAAACUCCGCAUCCCGCGUCGCUUGCAGCAUGACUUUGGCCAUGUCGGGCUACAAAAGCCCACGGAACAUUUCGUCAAAGGGAUUCAACUAAAACGGGAAGUGCCAGCCAAGGCUGGCCGUCAAGCUUCAACCAAGACAAUAUGGCUUGAAUCAGGAGACACAAAUGCAGAGUGCAGUGUGGAAGAAAUGUGUCUAAGCCACUAUCGAUCUGAGGGUUGGAAAGGGUAUCACUCUGAGGGUGGCAUAAUCCGCACUCUCUUUGCGUACCUCUUCUACGACAUUCUCUUUCUGUACAUACCGAAUGUUUUCCAAACGGCAUAUCAGACUUGCCCUCUGGACUUGCAUACCGACGCAUUCUUCCCUGCCCGUGCCUCAGAAGUCAACCACCGCCUAGUUGAGAUUGCCAAUGGGGAGGGUGGGCGGUUGGUGCGUGAAGUCUGGAACAGGGAGAACGAACACAGGACCAGCGUAGCGGGACUGAAUUGGGACUUUGACGUCGAGGACUUGGUUGAGCUGGUGGGAUGCUUUGAGGGAAGCGCCUUGGCAGCCGUAUGCAAAGUGAUGGCACAGGAAUACAGGCAACGGGGCGGUGGCAUCCCAGACCUGAUUCUCUGGCGCACUGGAAACGACACAGGGGAUCCUUCUGGGGAUCCUGGCAAGGCCAAGGGGGAAGUCAUGUUCUCGGAGGUGAAGAGCGCGAACGACCGAUUGAGCGACACCCAGCGGCUUUGGAUCCAUGUUCUCACGGGGGCAGGGGUCAAGGUCGCGCUAUGCAACGCAGUGGCGGAGGAGGUGAGGGAGGUGGAUUGA